AUGCUCUACUUUGUUCAAAACGAUAGAAGUUUUGAUAUCAUGCGGCGCAGCCCUCUAUACCUAUCCUUCGCGGUCGACAUCAUCACGCUGUGCAGUGAUUGUCAACUUCUCGUGCCUGCAAUCUCGCAGAGAGACUUUCCCCGUAUAUCGCGCCUGGUUAGCAUCGUUACCGCGACUCACGACUGCCGAGUCAAUUUGGGGACUCCUGGGCGCCUGAUGCGGCAGCCGCGAGAGUGCAAGCGCCUAGUUCCCACACCCAACUUUUUAAACCGUCCAGAAGCUCAAUUUUUCUAUGUAUUUGACUACAUAGAAAAAUUGAGC